AUGCGCGUCGCGGUGCAGAACAGCAGCCUUGCUGCCAGCGAAUCCCGCCGUGGCACGGAUCAGACGAUCCAUAGCGAUGCGUACUGCGCAGAAGAAUACGAAAGUGAGACGGAGAGAAACUGGAGCAGUAAUGCCGACGAUAGCACCACGAGCGCGGCACAUACCGGCUCGUCUUCUGCACCGAAGCAGGUCCCCGCAGCGUUCAGUCUAGUCUUUCAAUACUUCUCUCUGCUCGCCGCUUAUCACGGAGCCGUGCACGUGCCGCCGUACUGGGCGAAUCUGAUUUCCUCGUCUUCGGUGGCAGGAGCCAACGACGACGAUGCCAGCACGUGCGAACACGCUCAGGAGCGUGCAGAGAAGCUCAUCUCCCCUGUGACGGAGAUCGACCUGAGCGUUUGCUACGUGGGACCGACUAUGCUCCUAGCCCUUGCAGACCUGCUUCGCGUGCACAGCGUCACUGUGCAGCGGGGCCACAGUCAGCGAUGUCCCGUGCCCGGCAAGGAAGGCAUCGGUACGCUGCCUUCCGUGAUGGCACCACUCUGGGGCGCGGGCUCGCGUCGCCCGAACAAGGGAGAGGAGGUGAUGUGCUCCUUGCUUCCGCACUUGACAACGCUGCGACUCACGCACCUCGCAAUGGAUUUCACGGUGCCUUACGACGCCACAGGACCAAAAGGCGGAAGCGCGGUGCUGCGCAACCUGCUGGAGGCACUGCAGGGCCACCCCUCACUGAAGGUGCUGGACCUCUCCGGCAACCCGUUGGCGGCGGCGCUAGUGCCAACCAUUUCGCGGCUGGUGCGAAUGACGCCGUCUUUGACAACACUCACGCUUGACGACACGCUCAUCACGGAUAGCGAGAUGGAGAUGAUUCGCGCACAGUGCUUGCUCAAUGAGUUGCGCCUACAGCGUGCCGCAGCGGAUGGCGUGGCGGCGACGGUUUCUGACGACGCUUCCUCAACAACCUCGCCGGAGUCUGUCACACGAGGGCUGUGGGCGGCGCAGAUGUGGGAGAAUGUUUUCACGGGGGUGGAGCGCGGCGUUUCGGCUGUCCCCUGGAUCCUUGGGAAGUCUACUGCUCUGAUACGUCGCUACGGUACGUCGCAGACACCACAAGCCGGGACAGUGGCUCUUGAGAGAAGCGCUGGUAGCUCGACCACCUCUGAUAUCACGGGCCGGCUCUCCCAGUUCGGCUCCAGCUCUGUGAGCUCGUUGUCCUCAACGAAUGUGGCGCCGAGCUUAGAUAUAACAUAUUUGAGCUACGACUACACAAGCGAGAGCGCGGCCGCUACCGUUGCUACAGUGCCCCCGCCGGCGGGUGCAACGUGGAGUGCCGAGUGCACCGAGGUGGUGCGAUGCGCCUUCAUGUCUCCGUCGCUGGCGCAGCGCACCGUGCUCGGAGGGCGGUCGGUGUGGCCCAACGUCCCGAAGCCGCUGGAAGCGGUGGUGUCGACGGAUCUUGCUCCGCCGUCCGCCGCUGCGGUGGCAGCCACGGAUCUCCUGCUUAGUCUCCGCGAGCAAGUGCUUCCCGAGCCCGAGGCCCCGCCGGGACUGCGCCGCGUCUCAGCACCCCAUGUCACCUUUCUCACCACCGCGGAGGAAGCGUACUGGUUCGUGCGGAAGAAACAGGAGCUCCAGUGGGGGUACGUAUUGCAGAAGGUCUCGGAAAAUCUCACCCCGGUAUCCGUGCGCAACGGGCACACCCUCUACGUGGAGGGCAGCGACUGCGACAGUAUCUACCUUCUUCCCGUAUCCCUGCAGGAGACGGGCACCUACGCGGAGCUCCACGUCGGCGCGAAUCCGGGACACGUGAACCGAGUUCUGCCGGGUCAGUGGGUCGGCGACGCCGAGAUCCUCGACUGUCUGUCCGUCUACGCCAAGUAUCCGUCCUCCGCCGCCGAUGGAAGCGCUGCAGUGUCCAACUCGGCGACCAUCUUUCAACGCAGUAGCACCGUGCGCGUCGUCACCGAGGCAACCGACGAUGUCGUUUUCUGGGCACUGCCCUUCCGCGUCGCCUUCUUCUAUUGGUACGCCCCCUAUCAGCUGCUGCAUAAGCAGUUUGUCCACCGUACCCCGAUGCGCGCAUUCGCCAACAUCCACCCGGUUCACCUUUCCUGCGUCCCGGUGCACAUGCAUGCAAGACAUGGCUCCUGGAAAGCGUCGGUAGGGCAGAGUCGCGACAGCGGUGACGCCCCUAUUCUUUGCCGAUACGCGUUCAUGUCGCGGCAUGUCCUCUUACUGGAGGAGGGCGAGUUUCUGCUGCGUCUGCCGUCCCUGCACAGCCACGUGGGACCUCGCAACGGUGACCGCACCGCUGCAUCAAGUAGAGCGGGGAUGGAGGAUCAUCACCUCUUAUCGGGUGUGACCGUGCUAACGCAGCCUCUCCUAGACCUUGACGCUGCGCUGCGAGCCGCCGCGGCGGCCGCCGAACUGACCGCUGAGAAUGGCGACGCUAUUGUCACGUACGCCCGCGGACCCCAUGGAACACUGGCCCUCGGCAAGCAGGCCGAACUCUGUCGCUUCCGUGCAGCCAAGAUUGAGCACACGGCGGCGAGCACUGCCGUGAGUCACAGUGAACUCGGUGAGAACGCGGAAACGACCGGCGACAGCGACGGAAACACGGUGGUGCUUCGCCAAUGCCGCACUGGCGGUACGGCGGCGCAGUGGCGCUACUCCACCAUCACCAACGAAGAGUUCACCUCUCUAUGUCCUGCACUGCGUGUUGCCCUGACUCGACACAUCUGCGUGCUGCACGACGUUUGA